CUCAUUACUCGGGACGCGAAUAAAAGCCACACUGGGAUUCACACUCCCAAGUUCCAACCCUACUCUCACACACUGCAACAACGAAAACCAAAGAAGAAAAAAGAGUUUCUUCUUUCCGAAAUCCAAGCAGUAGGGUUAGGGUUUUUUCCGAUCUCAAUGGCGGAGGAACCGGAGAGCACCGUCACCACCGGCGCCCCCGACGAAUCGCUGCUCGAUAAGAUCACCGAGAAGCUUCACGGCCACGAUUCUUCCUCUUCUUCCUCUUCGGAUUCCGAUUCCGAAAAAACCGUUACUUCGUCCGUUAAGGAUAGGGUUUUUCGCCUCUUCGGAAGGGAGAGACCCGUUCACUCCGUUUUCGGCGCCGGAAAACCUGCUGAUGUGUUAUUGUGGAGGAACAAGAAAAUAUCUGCUGGCGUGCUUGGCGGAGCCACUGCUGUUUGGGUCCUUUUUGAGUUGCUUGAGUAUCACCUUCUUACUCUGGUGUGUCACAUUCUGAUACUGUUGCUCGCAGUUCUGUUCUUGUGGUCUAAUGCCCAUACUUUUAUCCACAAAUCUCCGCCUCGCAUUCCGGAAGUUCAUCUUCCUGAGGAGCCAUUCCAGCAAGUUGCGUCUGCAUUGAGAAUUGAAAUCAACCGGGGAUUUGCUAUUUUGCAUAGUAUUGGCUCUGGAAGGGACUUAAAGAAAUUCCUAGUGAUUAUUGCUGGCGUAUGGAUUCUGUCAAUUGUGGGGAACUGGUGCAAUUUCUUGACCCUGUUCUACAUAACUUUUGUCUUGUUGCACACGGUUCCUGUGCUCUAUGAGAAGUACGAGGAUAAGAUAGAUCCACUUGCAGAGAAGGCAGUUAUUGAGAUUAAAAAGCAAUAUGUCGUGUUUGAUGCUAAGGUCUUGAGUAAGAUCCCAUUGGGUCCAUUGAAAGCCAAGUUAUCUUAGUUGUUAAUCUUUGUAACAUCUGAAAGAAAGAGCUCCACUUGUUUGCUCAAGGAAGUUGCCAGGGCCAGUGUCUUUUAUUGAAUGUCGAUCUUUGCUAUGUUUGGGUUGGUUUUAGGCUGUGGUAUGGUGUCAAUGGCAAUGGGUUUGGUUUAUCUUCAAAUAGUAGUUUCUAACUGUUCAAGCAUAUGGAUUUUACUGGUUUUUUUUUAAGGUUUGUAUGAGUUGUUCAAUCAAAUAAUUGUUGUUGUAUGAUAAAAUACUUGCGUCUUUUUUUUUUCUUUUAAUUUUUCGGUAGCAUUCGUUACCGUCUGUGUUUUAGUGUUAGGUUCAUAGGCUUGUAAAUGUAGAUCAAUGUUUAAAAUAUCGGUUUGGUUAUGAAAAUAACUUAAGUUUAAA